AUGCAUCAACAGCAGGAUAAAGAUAUCUCGAUAAUUUGGACAAGUCUUCUGAUGAAAUCCGUGGGUCUCUGGCUGGCGGCUGAUCAAAAUGAACAGCGUCGGAGAGACUUUGCGUUGGUUUACACAGCCGGCGCGCUUUUCACCAUCGUCUGCAUUGGUUGCAGAGAUAUCUACUUCACCUGGGGAAAUUUCGUCGACAGCGUUUACAUCUCAUGCAACAACCUGUACCUGAUGAUCGUCGUUUUAAAAGUUAGUGUUUUGUACGCGCACAGAACCGAGUUCUAUAAGUUGAUUAAAUUCACCCAGAAGAACUUCUGGUGUCCAAGCUGCGAUCCCCAUGAGCAACUAAUCGUAGAAAAGUGCAAGAGAUUAUGCAUUAUCCUCAUUAUCAUCAUCAACAUCUGUGUUCAGGGCACUUGCACUGGUUACAUGGUGACUCCUAUUCUAGAAAAUAUGGGAAAGAAUGAAUCUGAUAGGAUAUUGCCUUUCAAUUUGUGGGUAGAUCUCCCUGUAUCAUUGUCACCCUACUUCGAAGUAAUUUUUAUUAUACAGAUACUUUGUGUGUACCAUGUCGGUGUGUGUUACAUUUGUUUCGACAAUCUGUUGUGCAUCUUGAACCUUCACGUGGCCAGUCAGUUUCGAAUAUUGCAACACAGACUGAGGUAUUUAGACGAUGCGGUUAAGGAUCAAAUGAUCGACAGAAAGGAUGCGAAAUUAUCGGGUUACGCGAUCGAGUGCAAUAUGAAGUUGAAAGGUUGCGUGAGACACCACCAAACGCUUACUAAUUAUUGCAAGAACUUGGAUAAUAUAUUCACAAUGAUGGUGCUUGGACAGAUACUGUUCUUCGCCGCGGUAAUAUGCCUCGUGGGAUUUCAAUUGUUCCUGGUGGACACACAUCCUUCGAGAAAAUUCAGUUUGGUACUCAACUUCGUUGGCACUUUGUGCCAGCUUCUAAUGUUCACAUAUAGCUGCGAUGAUCUGAUACAGCAGAGUCUCGACGUCGGUGACGCAAUAUUCGCAGGACCAUGGGCGAACUUACCAAUGGAUAAAGUUGGUAUCGAAGUGCGGAAGAAUCUGAUAUUUAUCAUCGUAAGAGCAAACAGGGUUUGCUUCCUAACAGCUGGUGGAUUUUUCCCUGUUUCUCUCGAAACUUGCACUGCGGCCCUCAGCACAGCAAUGUCGUAUUUUACCCUGCUAAAACAGUCGUCUGUGAAAAUAGAAAGCGACUAA